AUUAACUGUAGUGCGUUCUGCUGGUGACAGGGCUGUCAGGGUCAGAUGACUGCUCAGCCUGAUUAGACCAGCUCAUAGCAGAUCCUAAGCCCAACACACACUGCACCGUUAUACCAAGGUGGAUCUACGAGCUGGCACAUUCAGUACGUCGCAGUUGAGGAGGCCAGAAGGGACACGAGGUGGAUAGUUUAGUGUUAUAGUGGGGCAGAGCUAAAGGUUAUCAAGGAAACAUUUAACCUUCUGCUGCUGCUCCUUCCUGCUUGACUACCAGGACCAAAGACUGAAAGAGGUGUUGUUUUACUGUAACAAGAAGGCAGAAGAACUGGUGUUUAGCCAGUGUUUGGAGAUGACGCUGAAAAGCUAAGCGGACUUUGGUGUAACUGCCAGUCAGAGCCCUGUGGAUUUCCCCUGUUCAGCAGACAAGCUGUCCUCUGAGCCUCUCUGUGUCCUGAUCCACCAUGUGACAGUGAAACAGCUAGGCAGCCAGUCUGGAGACAUGCCUAUUUUUACAAACCAAACUACACUCUAAGAAUUGCUGGUUGAUGGAGUUUGUGAGGCGAAGUGGUGACUACUGCCACGCCCAACACAUUUAAACCCCAUCUGGGAUAAUGCUGCACCAUGUAGUCCUAGGGUUAUGAACCCUACAAGACCACUGGCCUUUGACCUCUGAACCUGUCAGCUCAUGGGGUAACAAGCGGAGCCUUGACACUGAAAGCUAACAGGAGAAAGACGGAAAGAGAGCGUGACUAAAACUGAGUGUGGUCAAAGAAAUAAAAACAGAGAGAAAGUCGACACACUGUAACCUUCUGGACUAUAGCAGACUGUUAACUGAUGGGAUAACAAUCAAGACUAUAGGACGUCAGACCUGGGAAAAUAUCUGAAAAUAGGAGUUCUGGCUCACCUGGAGAUCAAAUAUAAACUGAAGACAUAGCUGCUAAACGCAACAGCUGGAGCUAAAGGGGUUACACACGCAAGAAUUCUUCACACUGGUCAACAUGAAUCGCCCAGCUCCAGUCGAACUGUGCCACAAGAACAUGAGAUUUCUUAUUACACACAACCCAACAGAUGGCACACUCAGCUCCUUCAUAGAGGACUUGAAGCGAUAUGGUGCCACAACAGUGGUCCGAGUUUGUGAUGUCACUUAUGACAAAACACGGCUUGAGAAAGAUGGCAUUACAGUGGUGGACUGGCCAUUUGAUGAUGGAGCCCCGCCACCCAGUAAGCUGGUCGAUGAUUGGUUGAAUCUGCUAAAGAAGACAUUUCAGGAGGAUCCAGGAAGCUGUGUGGCUGUUCACUGUGUGGCUGGAUUAGGGAGGGCUCCUGUGCUUGUUGCUUUGGCUCUGAUAGAAAGCGGAAUGAAAUAUGAGGAUGCUAUUCAACUCAUCAGACAGAAGCGUCGUGGAGCCAUCAACAGCAAACAGCUAACCUACCUGGAGAAAUAUCGAUCUAAGCAUAGGCUCCGUUUCAAAGACUCCCGCAAACACAAGAACAAAUGCUGCAUCGUAUGAACACAUGCACACACACACACGCAGGCACACACACAGAGACAUUUCUCAGGAAUUCAGCAGUACAAGGCUUCAGUCAUUGUCACAAAUACUAAAAACAGAGGCGUCAGUGCCCAUGUUGAAUCUUAAAAAGUUUUUCUUCUUUGUUUCCCUUUCUUUUCCUUUAAUAUGUUUUUUUU